ACCAACCUCUUCUUUCGUAACGGUUGUGGAAAACGAAUAUGACUAAUCGUCGAGCAAUAGAAAAAUUUCCCAUCCACACGAAGGAUUUAAUAUAUCUCCUGCUUCUUUUAAUGGUUUCUCUUCAUCAAAACAGUAUCUCAUUAUUAAAUGCUGUUGUGGUGAUGUGUGGCCAACAUGCAUCAUAUGAGAAUAUUUUCAUUCGAAAUCUGUCUGCAUGUUGUUAUGCUCUCGCAGUUGGUUCUUUCAUCAUGGCAGCAGAUGAUGGAUCCACUGUCCAUUCACGGAACAUAGGUGAAAUUGAGGAGGUUCCAAUGUCAGUCAUAAUUCGUCCUCUCGUUUUAGAAGUUAACAGUCAGAAAGUUCAAAGCCUAAUGGAUACAUUGGAGGAUCCAACCACAGUUGACACUGUUCCUCCAAUCGAUGUUCUUUGGAUUAAAGGUAGUGAAGGGGGUAACUAUUUCUAUUCAUUUGGUGGAUGUCAUCGCUACACAGCACACAAACAAUUAGGCCGGAAAAGUAUACGAGCAAAGAUUGUUCAGUCUACCAUUGAUGACUUGAGAGUAUACCUUGGUUCUUCAACUCCGGACUUGAAGUGAAUACAGUUUACUUUCACAGAAAAUGUCAAAGAUUUGCUGUGAAUAUUUUUAUAUGCAAAAGGAGGUAUUGAGCUUAACAAUGUAUCAGUAUUCUGAAUAUCAAAACCUUUGGGCUGAGGCAUAAAAUAAAUAACUAGUUUUGACUAUUUUUUAA